AUGUACGGAGCAUUGCUGGUGUUCGAUUCGGAUUUCAUUCACGUCGUAUCGAUAAGUUUUACGGCGUUGAUUGUGACUGAGCUGAUUAUGGUUGCAUUAACGGUACAUACAUGGCAUUGGGCGAUGUUGCUGGCUGAGGCGCUCUCGUUGAGUCUCUACGCUGGUUCACUGCUGAUCUUAGAUCAGUAUUUCGAUCGACAGUUUGUGACAUCGUGGAUUUUCCUGACGAAAACAACAGCAAUAACGGCAAUUUCAUGCUUACCGCUGUAUGUGAUCAAGGCGCUUAAGCGGCGCUUCUCACCCCCAUCUUAUGCGAAGGUCAACUGA